UCCUACACAAUAACCGUAACGGAUCGCAUUCCACGUUGUUGUGAUGACCCAAGCAAUUGUGGAACGUGGUGACACAAUUAAAACAUCACACCUGCUGCACGCGUUUCGCUACCCGUAGCGCUCAGUUCGCGAAAGACGGUGUCGGUGGUUACUUCAAUCGCGUUACGUGUGUGUUCUUUACUGGAAGCGACUGAAUAACGAAAUGAGGAAACAACUGUUGUGGAUACUUUCGGUGUUAAUCGUUGCUGCCGGAGACAUAGGAAAUCGAGUCGACGAUGGAAAUGUUACCAACUUUGAUUCGUUUUUGGGUACAUACCAGAAGAAAUACAAAGCUAAAUACCGAAUGGAUCGAAGAAAAAGAGCGUUCAAGAAGAAUAUGGAGGAAAUCGAAGAGCACAAUGCCAAUUUCCAGCAGGGCAAAAGUACGUUCCAGAUGGGGGUCAAUGAACUGGCGGAUAUGGACAAAAGCAGCUAUCUGAAGAAAAUGGUUCGGAUGACAGAUUCGAUUGACCAUCGCAAACUGGACGUAGAUUUCAACGACGAAAUGCUGCAGCAUACGCACUCCUUUGGGGAAGAAAUCGUUCAGUCCACCCAGAACAGCAUGCCGGACAGUUUGGAUUGGCGCGACAAGGGGUUCACGACGAUUGCCGUCAACCAGAAGACGUGUGGUUCCUGUUAUGCGUUCAGUGUUGGGCAUGCCAUCAAUGGACAGAUAAUGCGUCGUAUCGGACGGAUAGAGUACGUCAGUACGCAGCAGAUGGUGGAUUGCUCGACGAGUGCCGGAAACAAGGGAUGUGCUGGAGGUUCCUUGAGGUAUACCAUGCAGUACCUGCAGGGCAGUGGGGGCGUCAUGAGGGACUCGGACUAUCCGUACACGUCGGCGGUAAGUAUCAAUGCGAAGGGGGUGGAUGGAUUUUCUCCUCUUUACAGCUUGUAUGGGCCACUGCAGUAAGCAGUCGAACAACUUCGAAAAACAGGUAAUCUUUUCUGCGAAUAUGUUAAUCAACAAAACAAAUUCUCAAACACGCUAAUAAAUUUCUACUUAGAAAAGGAAUUGGUUUUACCCUGCAAAAACCAGUGAUAUUCGAACAUUUUUUUAAAGGUUAUGUUACGUUCAAUUCAAAAGUUUGUUUCUAAUUUUUUAGUAAAGCAAUGCCAAAGUAGAAACUUAUUACCGUGUAUAUCAAACAGCAUUACAGGACCAAGUUGAUCGGAAAGCAUGUAACAGCAACAAUUGGCAACAUGCAAAGUGCCCUACAAAGUUGGUGACUAGUUUUCGUGUAGUUCACACCUACGGAGCAAUUCUCAGUAAACGGCGGCGGCCUUUCUGCCCUUUCGCCAAUUUGCUAUUCGAACUUCAAGAAUGGGGGGCAAUCGUGUCGUAGUCGUCGUCGUCAGCGAGUGGUGUUUCCCCAAAAGAGCAACUUUGUCGUGCGGCGAGUCAUUUCGGUUUCGUUGAAGAGCACUGAAUAAUGGUGGAAAAUUUGUUUCGUUUUUUUUUUCUUCGGGAGCGCUUUCUUGGAGGUACCAAGGAGGAACAAGGCGCAUUUCGUGUUAAAGAGUUGUUAAAGCACCUACCCUUUGUUGGACUCAUAAUGGCCGGAUGGAAGCGACAUGGUUAGUAGGAAUUGAUUGCUGUUGGAAUGAACUGAAACAACGCGGUGAUUUGAUGUAUCUUUUCUCUUUACAGGCAAGCGACGGGUGUUAAUGUGAACCAAUAAAGUAAAUUUGACCUUCGUGUA